UUAUCAGUCUACAUAAGUCUUAAGAUGAUUAGAGGACUUCUUAUUGUGGGGUACCUGCUGGGCGGCGAAGUGUUCUGUGCAGAACCAGCGUGUAUAAACUAUACACCAAACCGGUUUGAAUACGAGAAAGGUGUUCUCGAGAAACUGAUUUAUCUGGAUAAUUUCAAAACCGAUGCAACUGCAAGGAUUUCUUCUUUGGAAAGGCAAUCCCAAGGUGCAUCAACGCCUUCUCCGCUGACACCACGUAGUUCGUCAACGUACGUUCACUGGGGCAUGAAGACUUGCCCGAAUGUGACAACUACGAUAAUGGUAUAUAGCGGACAAGCAGCCGGUGGAAAUCAUCGACACACAGGCUCUGGUGAAUACAUCUGCUUGCCAAACGACCCUGAGUAUGAAAAUUACAAUAACAUCAAUGAUGAUCCUAGAUCACUGAUGUAUGGGGCUGAGUACGAAACUCACACAAAUCCUCCAGCUUUAGGCAAUCUCUACGAGAAUGACGUACCGUGUUCUGUUUGCCUUGCUCGCGGAAAGACAACCUUGAUGAUACCUGGCCGUACAUCGUGCUACAACGGAUGGACCAAGGAGUACCACGGAUACCUGAUGGGAGAGUACCAUGGGUUUCAAGGCAAAGGAUAUGUCUGCAUGGACAAAAACGCUGAGGCGCUGCCUGCCAGCAAUGCCAAUACGGAUGGCGCUCUGUUCUACUUUGUCGAAGGUCGGUGUGGUACAUUGAAAUGUCCUCCGUAUAUCGAGGGAGCAGAACUAGCCUGUGUCGUUUGUUCAAACUCAACAUAACUGUUAGAAUGUGGAACGCAAUUCAACUAUAUAUAUAUUGAUU